AUGGGGGCCAAACAGAGCAGCCCCACACCAGCUGCUAAUGGCCGGACCAGGGCAUACUCUGGCUCAGACCUGCCUUCCAGCACCUCCAGCUCCAAUGGUGCCGGUGUGAGCAGGACCACCACUGGAGGGGUGAGGUACCACGCUUACGGGGCGGCUGGGGCAUCUGGAGCCUCCACAAGUACCAGCAGGAACAGGUCCAUGGGAGGCCCCGGAGCCCGAGCCCAAUCCGGCAUCAACAUUCCCAGCAGCAGUGGGGUGUACAGCUCCCCUGAGUCUGCAAGCAGCUCCCCGGAGGAUGCGUCUGGGGAGAGGGAGGGCAGGUCUGGGACGGCAGGACAAGAAGGACCUCAGCUGCUCAUAGGAUCUCUACCAGCACACCUCUCGCCUCAUCUGUUUGGAGGCUUCAAGUGCCCAGUCUGCUCCAAGUUUGUGACGUCUGAUGAGAUGGAUCUGCACCUCGUCUUGUGUCUAACAAAGCCUAGAGUCACCUACAACGAGGACGUCCUGACGAAGGAUGCAGGGGAGUGUGCCAUCUGCCUGGAGGAGCUGACCCAGGGGGACACCAUCGCUCGCCUGCCUUGUCUCUGCAUCUACCACAAAGGAUGUAUCGAUGAAUGCUUACUUUGCACAGGUACCACACCAUAA